AUGGCGGAGUCUUUCACUGUUGAUUCCGUUGACACUGGGUCUCCUUCGUUCACCCUGAACAGUGGUCCGUACAGGAACAUCCCGGUGUAUGUACACCAGGCAAAGGGCCUGCCCGCAGAUGCUUGGGAACAGGUCCGCACAAACCCCCUUUUCGGGGAAUGGGCCUCUAACCUCUGCCACGAGGGUAGAUUGAAGGUAGACCGCAUCACCAUUCAGCAGCUGAAGCCGGAGAUAUGCAUCAACGUGGAGGCGACAACCAGCCAAGGUACCUCUGUGAAUGGGCCAGUGGUACUGCGGCCGAUGCAGUCAGCUGUCCUGAUAGUGUUGCGUAACUCGGUAACGAAUUUGGAGCUUUGUGUAUUCUGCAAGAGGCCGGAUCUCUCGAGUGGUCUGUGUGAGAGCUUGGCUUUGGUAGAGGGCAGCUUUGACCAACAGGGGAAGCUGGAGGGCCCAUGUGCCGCUCUGCUGGAGAAGCAUCUAAACCUCUCCCUGCACAGAGACGACUGUGUGGAUCUGUUGACGGCUGCGCAUGGAAGGGCAGUUGGCGACUCGGGGGUUACUUGCUGCCCUUCCUCAGCAACGUCGGAGGCGCCUCCAGCCAUUAGGUCGCGGCUUCUGUUGUACCGAAGUGUCGUUGCACCGGAAGUGCUGCAGCAGCUAGAACAUGAUGUGGGAAGGACCAAGAGACACGGGUUUCCCCCAGCGACCAUUGGUUCGGCUGAGGAAGGAGAAGGCCUUUUGGGCCUGAGUGUGGUGUACAUGGGCGAUACAUGGCGUGCAACAUUGGAUCCUCGCGCAGUUUUUGCUCUCUUCCUUCUCGUCGAGUUUCGUUACCACCAGCUGAAGCUUCCGAAACCUCCGAGAGACGCAGCACACGAUGGCAAGGGCCUGGCCCGUAGGGGUGAUGGUGUCGGCAAUACCACCCUCGGAGCGCCCCCCAAGAAGGCGGCCGCUCAAUUCCGGAAGAUAUCUUCGCUGACUCCCCUCUGCACGGGCGUCAAUUUGCGUGUAAAAGUUGUCGAGCCAAUCAAACCCGCACCCGACGUCAUUCUUCCCAGGGGUCAGGCCAUCAAGCGAGCCACCAUGGUUGUAGGUGACGAUGAAGCAAUGAUAACUCUAAACUUGGAAGGUGGUCAGCUUGAGCUACCCGACGUGGUAAAUACACCCCUCUUAAUCAGAAAUGCAAAGAUCAAAAUGGAAGAAGGACACAUGAGACUUGCAGUCGACAAAUGGGGAAAGAUUUCCGAUGCCCGGGACGAUGACUUUAAGGACUUCAAUUUUUCAGUUUGCACCGCCAGAGAUAUGAGUGAACAGGAGUACGAGUUGGUGCACAUGCCGGGAGGACAGUUUGCUGAGGCAGGAAAGGCACGUGCGGCUAACGGGACACCGAGUGCUGUUGUAUCGUUGCGGCAGCGCGCGUUAUCAGCUGCACCAGUAUUGCUCGCGGCCUGA